UAGCCACGGCAUUGCCCAGUGGUGGCAUUCCAGGUCGCUAAAACGCAUGUUUCCAGGUUGUGCAAUAAUAAUAGGCCUUACUAGGGACGGCACUGUGUAAGCCAGAAUGCGUUCCCAUCGGUCGUGGCCACAUCUCCCAUGUAGCCCGGCUAUCAGGUCGACUCUGAUACUUCCUCCCACUUCCUUGUGAUCGACCGCAGGGUCUGUUUUUUUCCUUUUGUUGUUCUGGUUUUCUUUUUUCUUUUUUUGUUUUGGGCAACGGUAUACGAACACACACAACACACGCAGAAACAGAGGAAGACGCACCGACCGACCGACUCGAUCGAUUAGCUGACCUUGAUAGAUGGGUCGCCAAUGUCGCCGAAGUGCAAAACCACCGAUAACACCUUGCGUAACAAAGCACCGAAUUACCUAGUUCCAACAGCCAGACGAGGAUUAAGCAAAGUAAUGUGGUACGAUCGCAAUUUCAUAUCAACACCGCAAUCUUGAAACUGAAUUGGCUGCCAACAUCACAAUGCCCUCCGCCGACCUCGUCCUCCCCCUCAUCGACCUCGCCCCUUACCUCUCCCCAGACGCCACUCCGUCAUCCAAAGCAACAGUCAUUGCCCAAGUCCGCGCUGCCGUCGCCGAGUUUGGCUUCUUCCAAGUCAUCAACCAUGGAAUCCCCCUCGCCUCCCAACACGCCCUGAUUGAGGCGAUCCGCACUCUCAUGAGAAUCCCCAAGGAAGACAAACUAGCCAUGAGCUUCCUCAAAAAUCCCUGCCGUCGGGGUUACGAGGGGUCAGGGGAUACCUUCCGGACUGGAGACAAGAUGCACGACGCCAAAGAAGCAUUCUACAUUGGCCGUCCCUCCGAAAAGAUUGAGCCUCCUGGGUUCCACGGCCCAAACAUUUGGCCUUCGCCUGAGCUGGUCCCCGAGGCCGAGUUCCGCGACCCGGUCUGGUCGUACUAUCAGGAGACGAACCGGCUGGGCAGGGAGAUCUGGCAGCUUCUCAUCCAGGGACUUGGUCACCCGGGGGAGCUGCUCUCCCAGUUCACCAAGAAGCCUGUCGUGAUGAUGAAGAUGAUUCGGUAUCCUCCCUUUUCGUCUACCUUGCCGGGCCAGUUCGGUGUAGGUGCCCACACCGAUUUUGGUGGCGUCACAGUUCUCCUGCAAGAGGCUGGACGAAAUGGGCUGGAGGUCGAGCACAAGGGGGAGUGGAUUCCUGUGCCUGCGUUGGAGAAUGUUUUGGUGAUCAACGCUGGUGAUAUGAUUGCUGGCUGGUCUGGGGGCGUGUACCAGAGUGCGAAGCACAGGGUUAUCAACAAGGGUGAGGAAGAGAGGAUCAGCUGUGCGACGUUCUGGCACGGGGACUUGGAUGCCACAAACCCGUUUAUUGAUGGCAAGGGAGAGGGCGCGGCCGGGGAUGAGACGGUGGCUGAUUUGCUGGUCAAGAGGUUUAGGAGCCAGUUUAGCUUGAUGAAGGGGAAGAAGACCGAAGAGGUGGUGAGAGGAGAAGUGUUUGCUCAUUGA